GAGCCCGUGGUGCAUCUCACAAGUAACAGCUCUGUCCUAAUCUUGUCCCUUAGUCUGCCCCACGAACAAACUAGAUUCACAUCCACGAGAUUGUUACAUCCUCAAUUCCGAGCGCUAAGAGCAAUACUCCGGCGCAUAAAUAAUGAAUGCACAGGCAUGACCUCGCACGCGAUUAUAGCAAUUCCCGCGUACACGAUCACCUUUGUCAGCACCUCAGCAUCAUAAUGCUUUUUCUCCCGGUCCACCUCGUUUUCC